CCCCCUUGCCCUAAUUUUCCUCGCGCAAAUAUCAUACGUCAAAAUCUUUUUUCUGCGCCUAAUUUGCCCUUCUCUCCCUUUUCCCGCCUUUCUCCUCUCUGUUCGAGGUAAAAUUUUAUUUUUGUUUCGCAACAAAAUCAUCAAAAUAACCCAACCAAUUAUAAAAGAAGAACCACACUCUCUCCACAAUUUACUACUAACAAUGCCAAUUAUCCAAAGCAUUCGAUUCCUAAAGGCCUUCAUCUGUUAUAGUAUUUAAUUUUCUGCCUUUGAUGAUAGAAAUAUAAAUAUCAUAUACUGAUUCUGAUUCUGUGUUUCUGCUCGCUGAUUUUUUCGGUGUCCGGCCUCAAAUGGUUAUUCGCACUAUCUUCUUCUUCUUCUUCCUUCUGGUCUCCAUGCCUUUCCCUGUCAGGUCUUCAAGCGACGGAAGUACAGAAGAGAAGACAUUAGCUAUAAUAAAGCCGGAUGGAUUGUUAGGCAACUACACUGAAAGGAUAAAAAAUGUUAUUAUGGACUCUGGUUUCAGCAUCCUAAGGGAAACGAUCACGCAACUUGAUGAAGAACGUGCUUCGACGUUUUAUGCUGAGCACUCUUCAAAAAGCUUCUUUUCAAGUCUUAUCAAAUACAUGACGAGUGGUCCAGUGCUAGUUAUUGUAUUGCAGAAGAAAAAUGCAGUUGCUGAUUGGCGUACUGUAAUUGGACCAACUGAUGCAGUCAAAGCUAAGGUUACUCACCCAAACAGCAUAAGAGCAAUGUGUGGGCUUGAUUUAGAAAAGAAUUGUGUUCAUGGUUCAGACUCUCUUCAAUCAGCUCAAAGGGAAAUCUCCUUCUUCUUUGGAGAGAUAUCAUCAGGUGAAUUAGUUGGAAUGCAUGAUGAACUAUGAAGGGUGAGUACUCAGAGCAGAAUUACACAUUAUUACAUCUCUAUGAUUGCCACAAAUCUUUCAGAAAUGAAACACUGGCAAGUAAUUCAUAUAUUUAGGCCAUAUGCUGUAUAAUAGACUUAAAUUUCAGUGUCACUUUUAAUUUCUAUCAUACUUCCUUUUCUCUUAUUUGUUUCUUUUAACUGUCUUAGUUUGAUUCUUCAUUUUGCUACAAAAUAAUAAAAUGAUGCCAGAAUUACUUGUUA